CAUCUUUCUUUCUUAACUGUGCUGCGUUGCAUUCGACCUGACAAGAUGGUGCCUGCAAUUCAACACUUUAUCGUCACAAAUUUGGGACACUCCUUCAUAGAACCACCUACAUUUGAUCUCAGUAGCUCUUUUGUUGAUUCCAACUGCUGCUCACCCCUGAUUUUUGUCCUGUCACCUGGCGCCGAUCCGAUGAACGCACUCAUUCGAUUUGGUCAAGAUCGUGGUUACACAGUUGAGCGAAUAAAGACUAUUUCUCUGGGACAGGGUCAGGGUCCGAUCGCUGCACGUAUGAUAGAAAAAGCAGUAGAAGUUGGAGACUGGGUUGUACUGCAAAACUGUCACUUGGCAGCUAGUUGGAUGAAGCAGUUAGAGAAGAUCUGCGAAGAGAUGAUCGUGCCUGAAAAGACUCACAAUGAUUUUCGCCUCUGGCUCACUAGCUACCCAUCAGAAGAUUUCCCUGUUAUUAUUCUUCAAAAUGGUGGUUUAUACAAUCUUAAUAUUUGCUAA